AUGGAUCCUACGAGUGCUGCCGAUUGCGCAACACGAAUCCCACCGUGCACUGGACGACGGCGCAUACCACAGAUACCACGACCGGUCAGAGAGGACACCGAUAAAAGCAGCACGCCAAAUCAAAUCUUGACCGCUGGUCGGCAGCCACAUCAUCAUCAGCAUCAUCAUCAUCAGCAGUAUGAUCAUCAUCACCACCAUCAGCAACUGGGCAGCAGAUCGAUAAGCGCGAUGUUUUCCACAGUCCCCAACGAAAUCUACAAGUUCCUAGCUCGAUUUAAAGGAAGGAGACGAACCGAUUUGCAGCAGCUGCACCAACUCUACAGCCGAACGGUGCCCGUGGUGGCAAUUUUUCUAAUGUUAAGCUCAGCUCUACAAACGACAGAUGCCUGUUCCAGUCGGACAACACCAAAACCCAGACCACCCAGUCCCACGGCUAGACCAAAUAUUACAUUCCACACCUACAAGUGCCCACCGGCGUACGCCGCCUGGUACUGUCUCAACGAUGCUACAUGCUUUACGGUGAAAAUUGGCGAUUCCUUGCUUUAUAAUUGCGAGUGCGCCGACGGUUAUAUGGGGCCACGAUGCGAAUACAAAGAUUUAGACGGUUCCUACUUGCCAACAAGACCCCGCGUUAUGCUGGAAACGGCGAGCAUAGCGAGCGGAGCCAUCGGUUCACUGGUGCUCAUCAUGAUCGGUUGGUGUUGCUGGUGCGUCCGAAGACACCAACGACAUAAAAGACUGGAGAAAGAAAACGGCGGCGUGGACACGGUGGAUUCGGCCGGGGUGCUUCGCGUGGUGCACAGCGAGCAGCUACUGCGACCGUUCGGGGCGCACCACCUCAAGACAAUUCCGAUGAGCGAGGCGCUCGGUAAACGGUAA